ACAGAUCCACCUCCAGUUAUUAUAACACCCCAAAAUGUCACAGUGAUGCCAGGGGAGACGGCUGUCUUAUCAUGCAUUGUUAUUAGUACAGUUCCUUACAACAUCACCUGGAAACGCAGCAAUCAGUAUGGACAACUGACCCUUGAUCCAAGGAUCCGUGCAUUUAAUAACGAUACUCUUAUUAUAGUGUAGGUUAUUUUUAUAACACAAACCCAUUUUUAAAAAAAUGGUGUCUGGCACUAUUUGGCCAUAAAUUUUGCAAAAUGGGUUUAUUAAAAGAAUCUAUUUACCUUAUGUAAAGACAAAAAUAGCAUUUUAAAGUUUUUGACUUAAUAUAUGAAUUUUGAACUCCCAUGGUAACUUAAUGAAACGUUUAAUUUAUUUCAUCUUCCUAAUUAUGGUAAUACUAGACCAGUGGUUCUUAUCCUGGGUUUGAUCGAACCCCAGGGGUUCGGUGAGUCAGUCUCAGGGGUUGGGCGAAGGUCCAAAAAAAAAGUUUUAAAAAAAUCAUAUUUUAUUUUUCCUAUUAAGAAGGGAUUGGUGAAUGCGCAUAUGAAACUGGUGGGGUUCGGUACCUCCAACAAGGUUAAGAACCACUGUACUAGACAUUCUUUAUCUAUUUUUAGUCAGGUAGUCAUAUAAAUUCCCUUUAUCACUGUUAAUGAAAACCUAUUUGCUUUAAUAUACAGUUUUUUAAAUUCUGUUUUUUUUUAUUGUUAAACUCUCCUUAAGCCGGCCAGGUUGGGCUAUCUUUUAACUUUAUUUUCAAAAGAAUUGUAUUUUAUUUAUAGAAAUGCAGGAAGGCAAGAUGAAGGGAGCUAUACAUGCAUUGCAUUUAAUGAAGGUGGCUCGGCAACAGAAACAUUGAGUGUUCGUCUGAAAGGUUUGGUAUUUUAUUUCACCUUGACUCUUUGAAUUAAUGCAUUGAUUUGUCAUAAACACUUGUCAUUAAACAUUAUUUUAAAAGUUGUUUAUUAGAUAGAUUAUAACUUUUUAUUUUUUUGUUGAAAUUUUUUACCAAUGAACUGUUAAGGAUCAAUUUACAUCUACUUUCCUGUAUUUGCUGCACUAUUUUAAUACAGGUUUUCUUACUUGGCAGAUUGGAGGAUAAAUGCAAUAAUCUGAUUACUCUAGUCCAUUGAAAAAACAUAAUUAAUUUUAAUUUCACAUCAAAUUACACAGAGGCAAAUGUUACAAACAGUUGAGUAAAAUGAAAUUAGAAUAACCAGUUAAAAUGUUGUAAUGGUAGUCUUAUCAACCAUUUCAUUUCUUGCUCCACACAGUUACACCUGUGGCUCAGAUCUUACCAAAUGAACAGACGUUUGUCACCGGGUCGUCUCGUAACUUCACGUGCAUAGCCGGGGGUUACCCUGAACCAACUUUCCUGUGGCAACAUAACGGGGACGUGCUGCCGACAGGGGGACGCAUUCAAGUGGACGGCGGCUACUUGUCGUUCAAGAACCUCAAGCCUUCAGAUGCAGGGGAUUAUGAAUGUGUUGCAUCAAACUCAGCUGGGUCCAACUCAGUCAAGUCCAAGCUUGUCUAUAUAGGUAACAUAUAUCACCAACUAACUUGAGUCCAAGCUUGUCUAUAUAGGUAACAUAUAUCACCAACUAAGUCGAGACCAAGCUUGUCUAUAUAGGUAACAUAUUUCACAAACUCAGCCAAGUCCAAGCUUGUCUAUAUAGGUAACAUAUUUUACAAACUCAUUCAAGGCCAAGCUUGUUUACAUAGGUAAAUCAUUUCAACAAAUAAAGUUAAAAUAGUUAAGAUUAAUGUGCCAAAUACAAACAAAUGUUUAAAUCAGGAGGAAACCUAAAUGGUUGUAUACAGAAUAUAAAACAAAAGAUUUUAAAAAAAAAUAAAAUAAAAGCAUUUUAUUAGUUAUUUAAAAUUGUUGAUCAUUAUAUAUGGCAUCCUUCCAUCUUCGUUAGACGAUGGAGUAGCUAUGUAGUCAUACACUUCGACGAGUGGCUCACUAGGCCAAUCCUAGAAUGACAAUGUCGGCCGCAUCUCUCGCAGGAGAAUAUUGUUCUUUAAAAUUGUUGAUCAUUAGCACAUCAAGUACAUGUGCAUAAUUGAUUAAAAAAUGUGUCAAAUGAUUUUCACCUUUAAGUUCAUGCUGUGGAGUAGCUAAGUUUUGUGUGGCCACGAGCAGGCCAAGCUUUUUGCCGCCUUCCUUCCAGACAACAACAAAAAAAAAAAAUUUCUAAAAAUGCUGCCCCUCAAUUUAAAGAACAAAAAAAGUACCACCCUGAGUCGUCUUCCCCCUCUGCACCACACUUCAUAUGCCCCUGAGCUCAUGAAGUCUAGCAGCUAGGUUUUUAAAAUUUCAUUUUUUAACAAAUUUUUAUGAAAAACAUAUGUAACAUUCAACAUCAGUGCUUAGACAUUUGAUGACAUUUGUUUUAUGACAUUUUUGUACAGUGCUAGGACAUUUGAUGUCAUUAUUAUUGUGUUUAAUGAACAGUGCUGUGCAGUAAGUUCUAUGUUUAUGAUUUGCAGAGUCGCCCCGUGUGAGAGAAUUUGAACGCAAGCUUCUUGUUUCAGUGGGAGAUGAUGCCAAACUGACAUGUGUUGCUGAUGGUAUUCCACCACCAAACACCACAUGGUAUCGUUCUGACCGCAUGGUAAAAUUGUUUGGAUAGGCCAAUUGUUUAAUUUUUGUAUUUUGAUUCAAACUUUUUGAACAAAAGUGAAAAAUUUCUCAACAGUCAACAAGACAAACAUUAAAAAAUCUCCACCAGUUGAUCAAAGAGAAAUUACAAUGUAAUAAGGACAUCACUAACAUUUUUCUCUUUAAGUGCUGCUUUGUCGCCUACUUGCCCAACACAUAUACAAACAUCAUGUAUUUCUUCUAUUUAACAGCAAACAGUAUCGUAAAAAUUGGUAAAGGGCCUACAGAAUUUAUUCUUUCAGCAAAAAUUUAUUUUAGAUCAAAGGACUUUCAGAGGAAAUCAAUUUUAUUUCACCUUAAUUCAAAGAAAAAAACUAUUAAAAAAAAAAUCCUUAUCAUUCCAGCUCCAACCAGCAUACAAUGUGGAUGUGACCAGGUCUGGUCAGCUUAUCAUUGAGAAUGUCAUGGAAUCUGACGCUGGCAGUUAUCGUUGUGUUGUCCAGAAUGAGGCUGGAUCAGACUCCGCUGAGCUUACACUGGAAGUUGGAUGUAUGAAACAUGAUAAGAUAUUUUUACAUUUGUCUGUUUUAUUAGCUUAAAAAUAUGUUUAUAAAUUAACAUAAAAUAUUGACAAUAAAGAAAAUAUGCUAACAUAGAAAUAGUAAUGACAAUUUUUUUGAUUAUGGUAUUUAACUAAAAUAUUUUAGCAUGCCAAAGUAAACUAUGAAUGUUUUAAUAACUUAAGGUGACAUAUAUUUAAGAACCUCCACUCAGAUAUAUAUUUUAUGAAAACCAUUUUUUUUAAAAAAGGAAAUUGGAUACAAAAAAGCAGGUAUACAAUGUUUAAAAGUUGAGCAUUAAAUUAUUUAAAUAGUUUCACCCUAAAAUCGCAACAACAAAAAAUUAUACCAUUUUAAAAGUUUGCUAUGUACUCAAUCGUGUGUUGGGAUUCUCAUGUAAUCAUCUCUUCCAGCCCCUCCUGAGAUCAUCCAGCACCCAGAAAACAUUGGCAUUGACAUAGAGACGAAUGGCUCACUCCCAUGUCAAGCCAUAGGGAGGCCAUUGCCAAAGCUGAGCUGGAGGCGUGAAGAUGGGAAACCUUUGGAUUUAAAUGGAAAAUUUAGACAACUGCCUUCAGGAGCUUUGGAGAUUAUCAGUGCGUGGGCCUGCCAACAAAAUACUAACCCAAUUAUAGACUGAUUCAUCCAGUCUGUGUGUGUGUUUUUUUUUUUCUUCAUAUUUCACCAGCAUGUCUUGUCACAGAUUAAAACAUCUCUUGUGUAUUUUCUUAGCUUAAAUAUAUUCUUUUAUUAAAAAUUAAAUACAAUUUGUUAAAUUUUAAAAAAAAGUUUAACUGUAAAGAAGUUCUAUAUUCUUUUAGAUUUGUUGCAUUACUAGCAUUCUCCUCCUUUGAACUACCACCCUCUUCAGUAUCUCCCAACAUCUCCAACAAAAUCCCAGCCCCCUCAGGCCAUCCACCCCAUCUAUCUCUUUUUGAAAAUAUCAAUUUUGUUAACAUGGUCUAACAAGGCCUACAAUUUAAAUAAGAUUUGCUGGAAGCAUUUGCCAACCCACAGAUUUUAAUGGCCUCCAUUUCAGAAUCAGAGGCAGACAUGUUAGCAUUGCACCACGUUGCUGACUGUUUUAACUUAUCUUAGUUAAUGACAAUUAGGGAAACGUUCUAAUUCCCCCCCAUGACCUUGAUAUAUGACCUUGAUAUAUGACCUUUAACAUUGCUGACAGACACCUGUUAGAAUUUAUUUACUGAUUUAUUUUCUAUUUUUAGAGACAACAGCUGUUUCUCUCUUUGAUCAUUUAAAAUAAGAUAAAUGCAUCAAUUGGAGAUGUGAGUAAAUAAAACACUUUCUUACCCCCAGAUAUUCAGCAAGGAGAUGAUGGAGUCUACACCUGUGUAGCUCAGAACCCAUUUGGUAUUGCUGAAGCUGAUGCCAUGGUUAGUGUUACAGGCAUAGGUGAGUUAUGCCCCCCCCCCCCCCCCCCAAUAUUUAAUCAAAUUUUGUUUCUUUAAGUACAAAAAAUAAAAAAAAUAAAAAACAUAUUUUUUGCAUCCAGCAAAAUAAAUUUUAGUUCAAUGGUACUUAUAAAAAUGACAUUCUUUUCACUUUUUUCUUCAAAAAUAAAAUGCACAUAUUUGAUUUUUUUUUUCAUUAAUAAAAAUACUAAUUAUUACACUGUUGCAAAUAUUUCAGUACGUCCUCUGAUAGCAUACACAUAUCCAUAUGUGAAAGUUGUUGAAGGAGAAUCAGCAGAACUGGAAUGUAUUGUUCUGUUGGGAAAACCAAAACCAAAACUUUCAUGGCUUCGUAAUGGUAAACUUUUACGUGAAUCUGACAGAGUUCGCUUUCUAGAGCCGGGACGGAUCACGCUAACUAAUGCCCAGGAAGAUGAUGAUGGAGACUACGUCUGCAUGGCAAGCAACAUUGGAGGAAACGAGACAUAUAAUGUUAAUCUUGAUGUUUUAGGUAAUCACCCUAGGUUAUAUGUGUAGGUCAAAUCAAUGUGGGAGCCGGAAUGAUCAAUAUAUUGAUCAUAGGCCCUCAAACUAUAGAAGAAGAAAUCUUGCCUUAGGAUGAUUCAAACAGAAUAACUUAAGAUAACUGACUCCAGUAUAUAUAAUAAGCUUAAGAUAUGCAAGGUAUUAAAAAAAAAAUUAACUCAUUAUUUACUUAAUGGAACAUGUAAUUAUGGUCCGUGAUUUUAAAAUAAUAUGUGAUAUAAUUUUGCUCUUGUUAUAAUGGCUUUUGGGUAUUAAGCAUUUUCAAUAAUCUGUUCAGUUGCAAUAGGAAUAAGCCCAUGAGCAGCAAAAGAAAGAUACAAGAAUGGGCAGCUGUAUUCUGAUUUAUGCUUGCAAAACCUAACCUACCUGCAUUGACCAAUGAAUUUCAGUCCCACCCAAGGUGAUUGAAGACAAUGAUGUGGACAGACAGACCAACUUUUCCGUGGUACAAGGUCUCAGUGUCUUCCUGCCGUGCAGUGUCACGGCAGACCCCCCAGCAACCUACUCCUGGUUCAAAGGGGGCAGCCCC